AUGGAGGAACACGCAGUGACCCAGACUGAACACAUGGCCACCAUAGAAGCCCAUGCAGUGGCCCAGCAAGUACAGCAGGUCCAUGUGGCCACCUACACUGAGCACAGUAUGCUGAGUGCUGAUGAAGACUCACCUUCUUCUCCCGAGGACACCUCUUACGACGACUCAGACAUACUCAACUCCACAGCAGCUGAUGAGGUCACAGCCCAUCUGGCUGCUGCAGGUCCUGUGGGAAUGGCUGCUGCUGCUGCUGUGGCAACAGGAAAGAAAAGGAAACGGCCUCAUGUGUUUGAGUCUAAUCCAUCCAUCCGAAAGAGACAGCAAACACGCUUGCUUCGGAAGCUCCGAGCCACAUUAGACGAGUAUACCACUCGAGUGGGACAGCAAGCCAUUGUCCUGUGUAUCUCACCUUCCAAACCAAAUCCAGUCUUUAAAGUGUUUGGUGCUGCGCCUUUGGAGAAUGUGGUGCGUAAGUACAAGAGCAUGAUUUUGGAAGACCUGGAGUCGGCCUUAGCAGAGCACGCCCCUGCGCCGCAGGAGGUUAACUCAGAGCUGCCGCCUCUCACCAUCGACGGAAUUCCAGUCUCUGUGGACAAAAUGACCCAGGCCCAGCUUCGGGCAUUUAUCCCAGAGAUGCUCAAGUACUCUACAGGCCGGGGAAAACCAGGCUGGGGGAAAGAAAGCUGCAAGCCCAUCUGGUGGCCUGAUGACAUCCCCUGGGCAAAUGUCCGGAGUGACGUCCGCACAGAAGAGCAGAAGCAGAGGGUUGGUACAGGGGCAACAGUGGCCACACUGGCUGAUGCUUCGGAAUUGCCGACCACAGUCACUGUGGCCCAAGUGAAUUAUUCUGCUGUAGCUGAUGGCGAGGUGGAACAAAAUUGGGCCACGUUACAGGGAGGCGAGAUGACCAUCCAGACAACACAAGCAUCAGAGGCCACUCAGGCGGUGGCAUCAUUGGCAGAGGCCGCGGUAGCAGCUUCCCAGGAGAUGCAGCAGGGAGCUACAGUCACCAUGGCGCUCAACAGCGAAGCUGCCGCCCAUGCUGUCGCCACCCUGGCCGAGGCCACCUUACAAGGAGGGGGACAGAUCGUCCUGUCUGGGGAAACCGCAGCAGCCGUCGGAGCACUUACUGGAGUCCAGGACGCUAAUGGCCUUGUUGUGGCCGACUGUGCAGGGUGCAAGUGGGUGCUGAUUGGGAAUGCCAAGGGACUGGUCCAGAUCCCUGUCAGCAUGUACCAGACCGUGGUGACCAGCCUCGCCCAGGGCAACGGGCCUGUGCAGGUGGCCAUGGCCCCUGUGACCACCAGAAUAUCGGACAGCGCAGUCACCAUGGAUGGCCAGGCCGUGGAAGUAGUGACAUUGGAACAGUGA